UAUAAGGCCGUUUCUGAUAUCUACAGGUCGAGCACCUUUUCUCUGCUGUUCCUCUAAAUGGAAUACCUGUCACUAGGUGGCAUUACUUCCCUAAUUUUUCAUUCUGAUCGAUACAUUUCGGCCUGGUUUAAAACCAAGAUAUCAAUAUCGCUCUUUAUGUCCUUUAUGAAAACACAUAAACUUACAACAGAGGACAGAUACGAUGAGCAUAGCUACGUGCGAGCGUGAGUGUACGUGUGUUUGCACGACUCCGCGUGAACGACAAUUUUUUUAAAAGUAAAACACUCACGAAACAAAUCCGGUUUAUCGGUGCUGGAUUUAAAGGCAAUCGUUAUUACUAAGAAGUAUCUGUAAAAAAAUUAAAGGUAUGAGCGCACGAUGAAAGGCAAACCUAUUCAAUUAGCAUUUUCCCGCAAUAUAUAUAUAUAACGUCUAAUCAGCGCUCCAUAUAAAUGCAUUGCGAAUCGGGUUCCUCCUGCCGGAUUUUGCAUUGGGCGACCUUGGCAUCCUAUCGAUCGUACGCGCAUUGAAGACUGGGGAAAAGCUGGUGGAAAACACUGCGUGUCUGAGCUAAACACAAUUAGUUCAUUUUUUCCGCGAUCCACCUUUCCAGAUAUUAUAGGUGCAUCACGCAGCAUCUCCUUCUUGAAUUUUCCAGCUGAGGCAUGAAUUCCUCGGAGCGGCUUUGGCGUCAUUCCCAACCCUGUAAUGAAUGACCGGAAGCGUCGAUCGGCGGUGCGAGGCGACACUGGCAGCGAUUGAUAGUUCUCUUACGUGAUUGUUUAUUCUCCGCUACCUGGGAUUUAUUCACCCAAAGGAUAACUACCGUUUUAUUUACUCUUAAGAAGGCAUCAACGAUAUUUGGCUGGAGGAGAAAAACAACAAACUAAAAAAAAAAGUCAAGCAGACAUGACAGGAUCGGCCAGGCGUUCUUAGAUCCCCCUGCCUUGGACCAUAAUGCCUGGACCCUAUGCUCUGAUAGAAGCAUUCUAAAAUAAAUGGAUGGCAAAAAAACAUGUAUUAAUGGAGGGGCCUCCGCCCUUGGGCUUAGACAAAGCACUUUCUUAUGCAGGAGGUUAACCGUUCAUUCUGAAGGUGCAGGAUGAAAAGAUGGCACAGCUGCUUGUACCGCCGGGACCAGACAGCUUCCGCUUGUUCUGCCGCGAGUCUCUCGAUGCCAUCGAGAAGCGGAUCGCCGAAGAGAAGUCCAAGAGGCCCAGAGGGGAGCGGCGAGAUGAGGACGACGAAAACGGCCCCAAGCCCAACAGUGACCUGGAGGCGGGGAAGUCCCUGCCAUUUAUUUAUGGGGACACACCGAAGGGAAUGGUUUCCACCCCCCUGGAAGAUCUGGACCCUUAUUACAGCAAUCAGCAAACCUUUAUAGUAUUGAACCGCGGGAAGGCAAUCUUCCGGUUUAACGCCACUCCUGCCUUGUACUUCUUAAGCUCCUUCAACCCCAUUAGAAGAUUAGCAAUUAUGGUUUUGGUACAUUCGUUGUUCAGCUUUUUAAUCAUGUGCACUAUCCUGACCAACUGUGCAUUCAUGACUUUGAGUAACCCCCCAGAGUGGGCAAAGAAUGUAGAGUACACGUUCACUGGAAUUUACACUUUUGAAUGUCUGAUAAAAAUCCUUGCGAGAGGCUUCUGUGUCGGGAAAUUUACCUUCCUGCGGGAUCCCUGGAACUGGCUGGAUUUCAGUGUUAUACUCAUGGCAUAUGUGACAGAGUUUGUGGACCUGGGCAAUGUCUCGGCACUGAGAACGUUCAGGGUUCUCCGAGCCCUGAAAACUAUAUCAGUCAUCCCAGGUCUGAAGACCAUCGUAGGGGCCCUGAUCCAAUCGGUGAAGAAACUGUCGGACGUGAUGAUUCUCACGGUCUUCUGUCUGAGUGUGUUUGCACUAAUAGGGCUGCAGCUAUUUAUGGGUAAUUUGAGGCAGAAGUGUGUAAAGAUUCCUCUGGGGAAUGACACCAUGGACAAUGUGACGACCUCAAACCUGACAGAGUCGUUUAACUGGACCAGUUAUCUCAAUGACGAAAGUAACUAUUAUUUCUUACCAAAUCGAAGAGAUGCUCUUCUGUGCGGAAAUGCAAGUGAUGCUGGGCAAUGUCCAGAGGGUUUCUCAUGCCAGAAAGGCGGCCGCAACCCAGAUUAUGGAUACACCAGCUUCGACACCUUCAGCUGGGCCUUCCUGUCCCUCUUCCGACUCAUGACUCAGGACUUUUGGGAGAAUCUCUACCAGCAGACCUUGAGAGCCGCAGGGAAAACCUACAUGAUCUUCUUCGUCCUGGUCAUCUUCCUGGGCUCCUUCUACCUGGUGAACCUGAUCCUGGCCGUGGUGGCCAUGGCUUAUGAUGAGCAGAACCAGGCUACGAUGGAAGAGGCCCAACAGAAGGAGGAGGAGUUCCAGGCGAUGCUGGAGCAGCUCAAAAGACAGCAGGAAGAAGCUCAACAGGCCGCUAUGGAAGCAGCCAACGGGAGCGGGGAGUACAGCGGGAGGGCGGGCCUCACGGAGUCCUCCUCCGAGGCAUCCAAGCUGAGCUCCAAGAGCGCCAAGGAGAGGCGGAACCGGCGCAAGAAGCGGAGGCAGAAGGAGGAGGGAGAGGAGGAGAAGGCAGACGAUGAGAAGUUUCACAAGUCGGAGUCGGAGGACAGCAUCAAAAGGACGGGUUUCCGCUUCUCCAUCGACGGCAACAGGCUGUCAUAUGAGAAGAGGCACUCGUCCCCACACCAGUCUCUCCUCAGCGUCCGUGGUUCCCUGUUCUCACCGCGCCGGAACAGCCGCACCAGUUUAUUCAGCUUCCGCCGCGGCCGUGAUGUGGGCUCGGAGAACGACUUCGCCGACGAUGAGCACAGCACGUUCGAGGAUAGUGAGAGCCGCCGCGGCUCGCUGUUCGUGCCGCGGCGUAUCGAGCGACGCAGCAGCAACAUCAGCCAGAGCAGCGUGUCCUCACGCGUUCUGCUGCCGGCCAACGGCAAGAUGCAUUGCACCGUGGACUGCAACGGUGUGGUGUCACUGGUGGGCGGAGCUUCAGUUCCCACGUCGCCUGCUGGACUCCUGCUGCCCGAGGUGACUGUAGAUAAGCCCACUACCGAUGACAAUGGUACGACAACAGAGACGGAUGUUCAGAAGAAGAAGAGGUCUGGCACUCACCAGACCUCCAUGGAGUUCUUGGAGGACCCGGCUGCUAGACAGAGAGCCUUGAGCGUUGCCAGUAUUUUAACAAACACAAUGGAGGAGCUUGAGGAAUCCAGACAGAAAUGUCCACCAUGCUGGUACAAAUUCGCUAACAUCUUCCUCAUCUGGGACUGCUGCCCUCUGUGGCUUAAGAUCAAGCAGGUUGUCAACCUGAUUGUGAUGGAUCCCUUCGUCGAUCUUACCAUCACCAUCUGUAUUGUCUUAAAUACCCUGUUUAUGGCCAUGGAGCACUAUCCUAUGACUACUGAAUUCGACAAUGUGCUCUCCGUGGGUAAUUUGGUGUUCACGGGAAUCUUCACAGCUGAGAUGUGUUUCAAAAUCAUUGCCUUAGAUCCUUACUACUAUUUUCAAGAAGGUUGGAAUAUAUUUGAUGGAAUUAUAGUUAGCCUGAGUUUGAUGGAGCUGGGUCUAGCCAAUGUGGAAGGACUGUCUGUCUUGAGAUCCUUCCGAUUGCUGAGGGUCUUUAAACUUGCCAAGUCCUGGCCUACCCUAAACAUGCUUAUCAAGAUCAUCGGCAAUUCCGUGGGCGCCCUGGGAAACCUGACCCUUGUGUUGGCUAUCAUCGUCUUCAUCUUUGCCGUGGUGGGAAUGCAGCUGUUCGGCAAGAGCUACCGUGAUUGUGUGUGCAAGAUAUCGGAUGACUGCACACUUCCACGAUGGCACAUGUACGACUUCUUCCACUCCUUCCUCAUCGUGUUCCGGGUGCUGUGCGGCGAGUGGAUCGAGACCAUGUGGGACUGCAUGGAGGUGGCCGGCCAGGCUCUGUGUCUUAUCGUCUUCAUGAUGGUCAUGGUUAUAGGAAACCUGGUGGUUCUGAAUCUGUUCCUGGCCUUGCUGCUCAGCUCGUUCAGCGCUGACAAUCUGGCGGCAACAGACGAGGACAGUGAGAUGAACAACCUGCAGAUCGCUGUGGGCCGCAUCCAUCGCGGCAUCAAGUUCAUCAAGUCUAUGGUGCGGCAGUUCUUUCUGAGGCUGUGCAUGGGGAAAGGUCCUAGGACACUGGACGAGGUUAAGGCCCUGGAGGAGCUACACAGUAAGGUCGAAAACUGCAUCUCCAACCACACUGCUGUGGAUCUCACUCGGGAGCCCGAGUACCUAAAGGAGGGCAAUGGCACCGCCAGUGGACUGGGCAGCGACAUGGGGAAAUACAUCAUUGACAACAGUGACUACAUGUCCUUCAUCCACAAUCCAAGCCUCACUGUGACGGUCCCCAUUGCCGUGGGCGAGUCUGACUUUGAGAACCUAAAUACCGAAGACUUCAGUAGCGAGUCGUCAGACAUUGAAGGCAGCAAAGAGAAACUGGCCGACCCACAGCUCAGCUCCUCGGAGGGCAGCACCGUGGACAUCCGGCCCCCAGGAGAGGGCGGAGAGUCGGUGGAGAUGGAGCUCGAGGAGUCGCUGGACCCGGAGCCCUGCUUCACUGAAGGUUGCGUGCGCAGAUUCCCGUGUUGUAGCGUGAACAUAGACGAAGGUAAAGGGAAAAUGUGGUGGACCCUGAGGAAGACAUGCUUCAGGAUCGUGGAACACAACUGGUUUGAGUCUUUCAUCAUCUUCAUGAUUCUGCUGAGUAGUGGUGCUCUGGCUUUUGAAGACAUCUACAUUGAGCAGAGAAAAACCAUCAAAACCAUUCUGGAGUAUUCAGACAAAGUCUUCACCUAUAUCUUCAUCCUCGAGAUGUUGCUUAAAUGGGUGGCCUAUGGAUUUGUGAAAUAUUUCACCAACGCCUGGUGCUGGCUGGACUUCUUAAUUGUAGAUGUUUCUCUGGUCAGCCUGGUAGCCAAUGCCCUAGGCUACUCUGAGCUGAGCGCCAUAAAAUCUCUGAGGACGCUUCGCGCUCUGAGGCCGCUUAGAGCGCUGUCACGGUUUGAGGGGAUGAGGGUUGUCGUCAACGCCCUGCUCGGAGCGAUACCCUCCAUCAUGAAUGUGCUCCUGGUCUGCCUCAUUUUUUGGCUAAUCUUCAGCAUCAUGGGUGUCAACCUGUUUGCCGGAAAGUUCUACCACUGUGUCAACACCACCAACGACGAGAUGUUCUCCAUAGAUGUCGUUGACAAUAAAUCACAGUGCAUGGCCUUAGAGGAUAAGGCGCGCUGGAAGAAUGUCAAGAUCAACUUCGACAACGUGGGAGCUGGAUACCUGGCUUUGUUACAAGUGGCGACAUUUAAAGGCUGGAUGGAUAUCAUGUACGCCGCUGUGGACUCUCGAAAUUUAGAAGAUCAGCCGGUUUAUGAAGAGAACCUCUACAUGUACCUGUACUUCGUCAUCUUCAUCAUAUUCGGAUCCUUCUUCACUCUCAACCUCUUCAUUGGUGUCAUAAUUGACAACUUCAAUCAGCAAAAGAAGAAGUUUGGAGGUCAGGACAUCUUCAUGACUGAGGAACAAAAGAAGUACUACAAUGCCAUGAAAAAACUCGGAUCCAAGAAGCCCCAGAAGCCUAUCCCACGGCCCGUGAACAAAUUCCAAGGGUGUGUCUUCGACAUAAUCACAAAGCAAGCCUUUGAUAUUGUCAUCAUGAUUCUUAUUUGCCUUAACAUGGUCACCAUGAUGGUAGAGACAGAUGACCAGACAGAAAAAAUGGAUAAAAUCCUUCAACGGAUUAAUCUUGUCUUCAUUGUACUCUUCACUGGAGAAUGUGUCCUCAAGAUGAUAUCUCUGCGCCAUUAUUACUUCACCAUUGGCUGGAAUGUAUUUGAUUUUGUCGUUGUCAUCCUUUCAAUAGUUGGGAUGUUUCUUUCUGAGAUGAUUGAGAAGUAUUUCGUGUCUCCGACCUUAUUUCGAGUCAUCCGACUGGCCAGAAUCGGCCGCAUCCUGCGCCUCAUUAAGGGCGCUAAGGGCAUCCGUACACUUUUGUUUGCCUUGAUGAUGUCACUUCCUGCCUUGUUCAACAUCGGGCUUCUGCUCUUCUUAGUCAUGUUUAUCUAUGCCAUAUUCGGCAUGUCCAACUUUGCCUACGUCAAGAGGGAGUCUGGCAUUGAUGACAUGUUCAACUUUGAGACUUUCGGCAACAGUAUGAUCUGCCUGUUUCAGAUCACAACAUCAGCGGGAUGGGAUGGCCUGCUAGCACCUAUCCUCAACAAAGGAGAGCCCGACUGUGACAGUCAGGUGGAGCACCCUGGUAGCUCCUACAAGGGCAACUGUGGGAACCCAUCAGUGGGGAUCUUCUUUUUCGUCAGCUACAUCAUCAUUUGUUUCUUGAUUGUGGUCAACAUGUACAUUGCUGUUAUCCUGGAGAACUUCAGUGUGGCUACAGAGGAGAGUGCCGAACCCCUGAGUGAGGAUGACUUUGAGAUGUUCUAUGAGGUCUGGGAGAAGUUUGACCCCAACGCCACCCAGUUCAUGGAAUAUGAUAAGCUGUCUGACUUUGCUGACGCCCUGGACCCCCCUCUGCGCAUACCAAAGCCCAACAAGAUCUCACUGAUUGCCAUGGACUUGCCCAUGGUGAGUGGAGAGCGCAUCCACUGCCUGGACAUCCUCUUUGCCUUCACCAAGCGCGUGUUGGGUGAGGGCGGCGAGAUGGACAUUCUCCGAGGACAGAUGGAGGAGCGCUUCAUGGCGUCCAACCCCUCCAAGGUGUCCUACGAGCCCAUCACCACAACACUGCGCCGUAAGCAAGAAGAAAUGUCCGCCAUCGUCAUCCAGAGAGCUUUCCGACGUUAUCUCAUCAGGAGAACUGUUAAGAAAGCCUCCACCAUGUACAAGGAGAAGCUCACAGAAGGAGGGAAGCUGUUGGAUAAGGAGGUCCUAGUCAUAGACAAACUGAAUGAAAAUUCCACCUCAGACAAAACUGACAUGACUCCUUCAACGGCUUCCCCGCCUUCAUAUAACAGUGUCACGAAACCUGACAAAAACAAAUAUGAGAAGGACAAGCGUGAGAAAGAAGACAAAGACAAAGAUGUCAGAGAGAACAGGAAGUAGAAUGAGGGAGGGUGAGAAAGGAUGGGCAAAGAUCCAGACAUUACAUUUUAGCGACAAAUUGUUUACAGCUUUGGAAGGUGACCUCUUUGUGUCAAUGGGACUCCUUUUCUGAUGUGGACAGCUAUGCCAAACUGACAAUGCUUAUAAGUCUAAAUUUAAGGUCAGUGCCUAAAAUCAGGCAGUGACCCUUGUUGAAAGACUUUGAAGUGAAACAGAAAAGGGGAGUCACAGUCUUAGGCAGAGGGGUCGGCAUUUUUUCUAUCAGCCGCACAGCAAGAAACCAGUCAAAAUGGCGACCCUUACAGAGCCUGUAUCGAAACAGACGACCUCUUUUUGCUUUGAGUUACAAUGUAAAACACUGUAGUAUAUUAUACUUAUUUUGCAGUUAACACUGCUACGGCUACAUCCAGUGUCUUACAUACCAAUUGCCAUAUUAUUUACUUAUUUUUGUUAAAAGAUUUUGUUUUUAAUGUUUAGUUUUUUUUUUUUAAACCAUAUGUUGAUUGUGCAAAUUUUGUGAAAGGGUUUCUUCUGUAAACUGGGAGGGGGUUACUGUACCAUUUCAGAUGUUAGAGGACUGGAAACAGCCAUCAGCACAGCAGCUGCACAGUGUCUUUUGCUGACAUUUGUACGGAGAUGUGCUUAUUUAAUUUUUUUCUUUAUUUUUGCAUGGAAGCAUGUGCGCUCAUCAUCAUGCAUGAAGGGUCAUUGGCAGAGACGAGUUUCUUUUUGUCGUCAGUGUUUCCGGGAAGCCCUCAACAUUUGCGGGGCCCUAUGAUACAUUCCUUUUGGUGAAUUUAGACGUUUUCUUGUGCCUACUUUUAUCCCAAGUCAGUCUGACGUUACAUUUUGCUUACAAGCAACCUUAGACCAAAACAGACCUUUAGUCUGAGAGCUGUUUCCGCUGAGUUCCCUCCACCCCAGGAAAUGAGAUCCUUACCGUCUUAUUCUUCAGAAUCAUUGUACAGGACAUGGUAGAUUCAGUGGGUCACUAUUUAACGAUUUAUCCGUUUGCUCUAAAUUCAGUAUUCUUUAGCCACCAGGGUCUGGCAGUCACCUCGAGACGCAGAGGUGCAGAUGUGAGGCGUAGAGACCUUUCCACGCUGUAAAUACGGUAGCUGUCCCCCACCAUCUUUCACGUGAGCAAAAAGUCAACAUUGGAUCAGUGUAACCACAUCAGGUACAGGCUGCUGCGUCAAGGAAGACCCUGCUCUCAGCGUCCCACGUGGUGGCACUCUCUGAUGCGCAUUUCCGUGACCUGUGUCCUGCUCUGUCCUCCAUCUGCCUGUAAAGGCCCUCCUCUAGGAUGACGCCACAUGCCCGUGUGUGUGGGCUAAAGGGUGCCGUUGAGAAAAACCACUUUUCAAUUUUUUUUUGUUUAAAAUUUAUCCUCUACGCUAUUCAUAUACUUCAUCUUUCUUUGUAUUUGUCCUCUUAUGUUUUCCCACCAUCAUGAUCAUUACUGAGACACCGUUCAAUGUCGUCUUCUGUAAGUAAAUUUGACGCCUUCCACACCAGCUGUGAGAAUUUAACUGAUUUGAUGUCACUCUGUGUCCAUAGAAAUGUUGUAAAAUAUCAAUAUGUGUGCGUGUGUUUUUUUUUUUUGUAAAUAAUAUGCUGUAAAUCACAACUGCACUGCAACACUGCCACUUUGUUAAUUAGGAUCCACUGCACAGUUGUCCUUUAGUAAUCCACAGUAAACUAUGAAGAAGUGGAUUUCACCUUUGAUUACUGUACAGUUUUUUUUUUCUUUUUUGUAGAUUGGGCUGCAGCAAUUAAAAAAAGGGAAGGGGGGGGGGGGGGUUGAAAUGGUAUAACCCGGACUUGCUGCUUGAUCGCAGUUGUGCUGGAAGGUUACGUGUCUUUACCCCCCCCUUGGGUCUUUUGUGUUCCUGCAGCUGUUUACCAUUGCUUAUGUUUACUCCAUUUUGAAAGGCUUAAUUUUGCACAAUGGUACACAGCAGAGUACAGUAAGAGGAUAAUGUGUGUCUGUAAAGAACUCUAAUGUGUAUGUAUAUAUAUAGGGUAUAUAUACAUAUACAUGUAUACCUGUAUGUACAUGAUGCUUUACAUUACGUUCAAUAGAUACCAUAUUUAAUAUGCUUGUAGUGUAUCAGUAGACUGCAUGCAGGAUAUUGCUGUUAGCCCAUAAAUCUCAUUAAAAAGCCAAAACAAUACAAAAGAAUGAAGACUGCAUUUUUAUCGUACCUCAGGUAUGUCUGUAAAAUGUCAUUAUAUAGUGGCUGUGGUGGUUUGAACACUGUCCGCUGACUGUAAAUCAUACUCAACGACUUCAAGUCACUGUUCAAUGUAGCAAAUAUUCUUUUUGCAGUGGUUUGUGCUAUUUCUAUCGAGGAGAUAAUUACUUGCAUAACAUACACUUUCGAUAUUUUUUUAAGCAUUUCAGUGGAUCUGAGUGCAUUUUACAUUGAAAUGUGUGAAUGUUAGAGAUGUCUAGUUAGUGACAAACUCUCAUAUAUUUAUGGAUGGAGAUGAGGUGCGUAGUACUACUUUCCAAAAUUGCUUUAUCAGUUUUUUAAUGGACGUAGACAUUUUUGUGUCUUACUAUGGAAGGAAUACGUUGCGUCAAAGUAAAUUUAAGUAAACUGAAAUUCUUUCAAAUGGGGGAAAAAAGAAUAUGUAUGACUGUUUUUUAGGAAGAGAGCUUUUAUCAAAAUAUAUACAUAUUUAAUAAACGUAAAUGUGCAACUACAUAAAAGUAUGUAAAUAACAUGUAUUCAGCUAAUUCCAUGAAACACUACCCAACCUCUACAAAUGUAGAAUGCAUACAUCAUAUCUAUACACAUAUAUUAUUGUUUCAGAAGGUCAUAUUUCAACGUUUCCGUUAACUUAACACCUCCCUGUGGUUCUAAGAUCCAACAAAUGGAUAUUCUUUGAGAAAUGCUGUUCUUUAACCUCUAGUAUUAAUUAACACCAUUGGUCCCAAGCAUUCCAAAUUACCGUUUUAAUAUAUAUAGCAAGAAUGUCCCAAUUUGGCUGAAUGUACAUGUUGGAUAGCAAAGCCUGAAAAGUAUUGCGCUUCCAAUUAAACAUUAACCCCAAGGCGUUUCCCUACAUGAGUCAUAUGAAGAUCAGUGGUCAAAAGAAGUUCUUUCUCAAACUGUAUUGUAAUCUACUGAGGAUUUCAGCAGAACACAGGGGUCACGUGCGGCUAAAUUGUACGUGUUAUAUGUAUGUUUUUUUUUUUAUUAUUUAUGCACCUGCAUUUUGUGUUUCUUUGCUCUGUUCACACUUGCUUACAUCUGUCUACCUGCAGUGCGUAUCUGUCCUGGACGUUUUUUUUCAUUUUAUUUAUUUUUUCUUUCAUUUACAAUAGUAUCAAACUUUAUAUUAGUGUGUUUUCUGUGUCCUUUACUUUCAUUGCUCUCAGCUCUGGCUUCACAACCAUAAAUAGCAAGCUUAGGUAAAAGCAUAAUUUGGAAAUGAUAAACACAUUUUAUAGAACUGAGAGACUCUCUCGACGAAUUGUACAAAAUAAUGUGAAUUUUCUGUAUGUCAUUGUGCAAUGCAGUUUCUAAUUGAAUUAUUCAAAUGCUGGAUACUGUGCAUUCUGAGGAAUACCAGAGUCUGUCGUCUUGCUGGUGUUGGCCAGUCAGAUUCGUUGCAAUUUUGCCCCUGUAUGUGCCGUAAUUCCUCCUUACUUGCACAAUGUACUGUUCUUGAAAGAAAAACAUAAAGAUAUUUUAAAGAA